AUGGCUCUUGCGGGUCACGCGCGGCACGGAAUGACGUGGCCUUUUGCCUCUUCGAGGCUCCUCUCCUCCCUGGCUGGGCUGGACUUCGCUACAGUUGACCCCGCUUCGCUACAAGCCUCCAACUCCAAGAUUUAUAACCUCGUGGGUGGGGAGUGGAGGGGCAGUGAGAGGAGUGCAUUGGUGAUUGAUCCGUUGAACGGGAAGGACAUGAUUUCGGUACCCGACGCACAGGCGCACGAGAUUCAGCCAUUCGUGGAGAGUCUUUCUAGCUGCCCCAAGUCCGGUUUGCACAACCCAUUCAAGAACCCAAGCAGGUACCUUCUGUACGGCUCUGUCUCUGCUGCUGCUGCCAACGCCCUCAAGAAGCCCGAGGUCUCUGACUUCUUUGCUCGUCUCAUCCAGAGGGUCUCUCCCAAGAGCUUAUUCCAGGCGCGGGCGGAAGUCUCAGUCACUCAGAAGUUUUUGGAGAACUUUUCUGGUGAUCAGGUUCGGUUCCUGGCUCGGUCAUUUGCCAUACCUGGCGACCACACGGGGCAGACCAGCUCGGGACACAGGUGGCCCUACGGUCCGGUGACCAUCAUCUCGCCGUUCAACUUUCCUCUCGAGAUCCCCAUGCUUCAGCUCAUGGGGGCGCUUUAUAUGGGGAAUAAGCCGCUGCUCAAAGUGGACUCCAAGGUGGCAGUGGUAAUGGAGCAGGCACUGCGGCUGCUGCACGCGUGCGGCAUGCCCCAUGCUGACGUGGACUAUAUCAACUGUGACGGGCCAGUCAUGCACCAGCUGCUGCUGCAGGCCCAGCCGUGUGUGACUCAGUUCACAGGCAGUGCUCGAAUUGCAGAGAUACUAGCAAAGGAUUUGAGGGGCAAGGUGAAGCUAGAGGACGCAGGGUUCGACUGGAAGAUCCUGGGCCCAGAUGUUAAGGAGCUGGACUAUGUGGCAUGGGUGUGCGAUCAGGACGCGUAUGCCUGCAGCGGCCAGAAGUGCUCUGCCCAGUCGAUUCUCUUCAUGCACAAGAACUGGGUGCAAGCUGGCCUGGUGGAUCGCCUGCGGUCAUUGGCUGCUCGCCGCAACCUGCAGGAUCUCACCAUUGGUCCCGUGCUCACGGUGACAACAGAGGCGUUCCUAUCCCACGUGAAAGCCCUGCUCUCCAUUCCCGGGGCUCGCCUUGAGUUCGGAGGGAAGGAGCUGCAGGGGGGGAAGCACAGCAUCCCCUCAUGCUACGGUGCUGUCGAGCCGACCGCUGUGUUUGUGCCGCUUAAAGCCAUGCUUGCCAGCCGGGAGAACUUUGAGAUCGCCACCAAGGAGGUGUUCGGACCGAUUCAGGUGGUGACAGAGUAUGACGACGGCGAGAUUGACCUGGUGCUGGAGGCCAAUGAGAGGAUGACAGCUCAUCUCACUGCUGCGGUCGUCUCCAACGACCCUCUCUUCCUGCAGCACGUGCUGGCAAACACUGUGAACGGGACCACCUAUGUUGGACUGAGGGCAAGAACCACAGGGGCGCCACAGAAUCACUGGUUUGGACCCGCUAAUGAUCCACGAGGGGCAGGCAUUGGAACCCCGGAAGCAAUUCGCUUGUGUGUCCUUGUCAAAGAGUUUCCGCCCGACCUAUCUCAAGCCAUGGCCACCAGAAUGGCCUCCCAGUACGCAGCUAACGACGAGAACCGUGUGAUGGAUGGGAAACGGAUAGCCGGCAGCAAGAACGCCGCCGCGGCUAUCGCACCGGAGCUCGGCGCGAUGAAGCUUCGAUCCGGCCAUGUCCUCCCUCCACCGCGACGGGCUUUCGGCACGCUCACCAACAGCAUGGCCUCCAAGGCCGCCGCUGGCGGAAAGUUCGAGAAGAAGGCCGAGCCCGUCCGCCAACGCGCUGCUCCCGCCGCCAAGGUCCCUGGUCGCGCUUCCGUUGUCGUGCCCAAGUCGCAACCUGCCGCCAAGUCCGCUCAGACCUCCAGCGCCGUCAGCGUCAUCACCGUCUCACCUGACGUGGAAGAAGUGAUCCCGAAUGACGUGGACAUCGAAGAGCCGCGCCACGUGCACACCAUGACCGCCGAGCUGACGGCUGUCAGCGAGGAAGCGAGCGUGCUCUCCACGAUCACCGCGAUAAACGCCGCCGCUGUCGCCGCCGCGUCCGUCAAGAGGGAAGCGUGGUGGGACAUCGACGCUGCCGACAAGAGCAACCCUCUUGCCGAGACGACUUAUGUCGCGGAUAUCUACAACUUCUACAGGCGCACGGAAGCGGAAGGCAUGGUGGCUCCGGACUACAUGAACCGUCAGAGCGACAUCAACGGCACGAUGCGCGCGAUUCUCGUCGACUGGCUGAUCGAGGUUCAUCUCAAGUUCAAGCUCAUGCCGGAGACGCUUUUCCUCGCUAUAAGCGUCAUCGAUAGGUACCUGGCGGUGACGCCGGUUCCCCGUCGUAACCUGCAGCUGGUGGGGAUCACGGCGAUGCUGAUCGCAUCUAAGUACGAGGAGAUCUGGGCUCCUGAGGUCGGCGAUUUCGUGUAUAUCUGCGAUAGCGCGUACACGCGCCAGGACGUGUUGAAGAUGGAGAAGGAUAUGCUCAACACGCUGCAAUUCAAGCUGACAAUCCCCACGUCGUACGUCUUCGCCGCGCGAUUCCUCAAGGCCGCGACCGCCGCCGCGAACGCCGCCGCUGCCGCUGGUGCGGGUGCUGACAAGGCGGUUACCGUUGGGGCGGACACGCGCGUUCACGCGCUCGCGUGGUUCCUUCUCGAGCUGACCCUGCCUGAACACUCCAUGAUCAAGUUCUCCCCGUCGCACGUGGCUGCCGCUUCGGUCUACGCCGCGCUGCUGACGGCGCACCACGCCAACAAGACAGCCACGGGAGCAGGCUCGGCAGGCGCCGGUGAGGUUUGGGGGCCCGGCAUGGCGUGGCUUACCGGGUACGACGAGGCGACGCUGUGGCCGUGCGUGGAGCAGCUUGUGGCUCUGCACGGGAAGGCAGGCACGGGGAACCUCGCGGCGGUGCACAAGAAGUACUCGCGGAAGCAGUUCGAGGAGGUGGCGAAGAUUCCUGCUGUUCCUCACCUGCCCGAGAAUCCCCCCCGUGCCGCCGUUGCACAUAAGCUGACGAAGUCGACAUCCUGCUUGUCGACGGCCAACUCGUCCGUUCCAGCGGCUGGCAGGAAGUGA